AUGUCCGACACCUCUGCGUCUCCGUCGCCGUCGCUCGCACCCUACGAGGCGUUCACCCUUCGUGACUACGUGCUGCAUCAACGUGUAUUACAGCAGCUGUUGUUGUCGCAGCCUGUGUGGCUGCUCGACGAAGUGCUCGGCCUGCGGUAUCGCGCACGACUCCAGCUGCGUCUCUCACCACACCCGCAGCUGUGCUUCAGGGAGGACGCUGCAGGUGGCCUUUACUCCGAGGUGGACCAGCAGCUGAAGGAACGUCAUGACGCAUCGGAGCACCGUGGCAAUGACUGCCAGGCGACCGAAGGGGAGGAUGGAUAUCCUGUUGUCCCUCUCACCCCCGCGUGCAGCAUCGAGCUGUCGGCGGGGGUGAGCGAGACGUGUGACAGUGGCCUGCGUCUCUGUGUUGCGCCUGCCGCUGAUUGUGGUACCACCACGUCAGCCGAGUCGGUUUCCUUUCUCAUCAUCCCCGCUUCCACGGCGGCUGGUUUCACCCCUGCCUCGGCCUGGGUGACAGUACUGCGUCGUCUCUGCCGAUUGCCAAGUGCGCCGCAACGCUCGAGUGGCGCUAUCGACGUUACUGAACGCGCGAGAGGCAACUGGAACUCACUGCCGGUGCUUUCUCACGUGGAUCCCGCGUCGCCCGACCAGAGACGCGCAGACACUUCCUCAGCGAUCAAGGAAAGUGAUGAGGACACGUUGCCGCUAGCAGCGCCGACCCCAAGCCCUCGUAGUCGUUGUGCCUCGCCUCCCCCGCCUGUACAGGCACUUUCUGGACCUCCGGCGCACUUGACAGCCGGUGCAGAUAUGGGCAGGGAAGUGGAAGAAGAGAAUAGUCGACAACUCGAGUUCCUCUCCGCGGCCCUGCGCGCCCGAACUCGCGAAGCCGCUGAGCCCAAAGCACAUCUCCAACGAGUGGCUACGACGACAUCCACCGUAGCUGCCCUGGUUGACAGCAUCACCGAUGCCACUCCUGCUGAAACGACCGCUGAGGAGGAAGCCGAGCGACCUUCGACGAUGGCGCACGUCAGCAGCGGCCUCGUGCCGGCCCUGCAGCGGUUUCCGCCUCACCUAACCGAGGCGUCGUCCGAGGACGAUGAGGGCUGUGGAAACGAGGACGAGGGGAAAGCUGCAGGCGAGCAAGGCGCUAUUCAAGAGGUGCGGAGCAGCUUCAGAGACAACGCCAACUGCGCGUCCUUCAGCCUCUCCGAAGACUCGGGACGGCCACAGGCGCCACGCAGCGGUCAUGUGUGCAACCUCGGCUCCCUCGGCCCUACGUAUGGCGACGAGGAUGCGCUGCGCAUUUACAACGAAAUCCACGGAGGUCACAGCAGCACCUGCAGUAGUGCCAAUGACUCCUCGACCUCAUCCAUUUCAAGCGCCACCUCGGUACACAUGCCACCGCCAGGUGAGUGA